GAGCUCGAUCUACAUUGGUGAUAAAUAUUGCGGAAUGGCUUAUUUAGAUCCAAAAUAUCCAGAAGAUGUUGUAAGCCUUGGAAGGAAUGAAAUGAUAGGAGUUCUCCUCACAAAGGAUGGGCAAGUGAAGGAGUUUGGAGAUAAAGCCCGUAAAAUGUUUACUGAAAAUAGAGAAGAUUCCAGUGAUUAUAUUUUUCUUGAUCAUGACAAAUUGGAUAUAGAGCUCGGCAAUGAUUAUAUUUCUGAACUGCCUUCCUUGAAAAUAAUUGACGUUUAUCAGAGUAUUAUUGGCUUCUUGGUCAGGAAAAUUGUUGAGACAGUUGCUGGUCCUCUGGAAAAAGAAGGCACAUCAUGUAAAUCAGAUUCAUGUUUAUUAUGCAACAUGCAUUGUGUGAUCACAGUUCCUUAUCACUGGAAAAUCUACGUUAGAGAUCUCAGAAGCGCUUUUGACAGAAUAAUGAAAGAGAUUCACAAAAACGUGAACAAAGAGCAGUUGCACAUUAAGUCGAGAGAGGUGGCGAUAUCUCCAUACAUUCAUGAAGUUAAAGCAUCUGUCACCUGUUUGAAUUUCAAUGUUGACAACCUGAUUUUUAAAGAAAAAACAGCAUAUGUUAAUCUACAUGUUGGAUCAA